AUGUCCACGUCGGAUGCGAGCGAACAAAAAGGGCGUCGGAGCCAGCGCUGGAAGCCCCUCGCUGCCUUCACUCUGGCAAUUGCCGCUGUAAACGGCCAGACAUCGACUCCCGCUGGCGCCGAGUCGCUGGAGAAAUGUGCAUCGACGCCUGUGCGCAAGGAGAUCCGCUCGCUGUCGACCAGCGAGUGGCAGGCGUACCGGACGGCGGUGAACCAGGCGCAGGAGCAGGGCUGGAACGACUGGUUCGGCUGGAUGCAUGACCAGGUGGCCGGCCCCAUCCACGGCAACGCGAAGUUCCUGGUAUUCCACCGCCGCUUCAUAGCCGACUACGAGCAAAUUCUGCAGCGCUACAACCCCUCGGUCGCCAUACCCUACUGGAACGCCCUGGUGGACUACCAGCAGCCAGCCGCAAGCAGCGUGCUGGGCGACGACUAUUUCGGCAAGGACGGAGAUGCCGGGUCCGAGUGCGUGACCAGCGGCAUUGCUGGCUCGUGGUCAUAUAAGCUGUCAACGACGACCUGCCUGAUGCGCAAGUUCAAUGGCGGCAAUGGCGCAAUUAACUCGUGGUACUCGCCCGAGUACAUGACCAGCCUGCUGCAGACCACCACGGACUACGCCGACCUGCGCAAUAAGAUCGAGAACUCGCUGCACGGCGCGGUGCAUCUGGCCAUCAACGGCGCUAUGAGCACCAUGUAUUCGCCGGUUGACCCCGUGUUCUGGAUCCACCACUCCAACAUCGACCGCCUGUACGCCCAGUGGCAGGCAGUCAGCCCUGGCGAGCGCACGUUCAUGUACACAGGCGUCGACGGCGACAAGAAGCCCCCCAUCUACAGCGUCAUGCGUCUGGGCUUCGGCAAGCAGGCCAGCGGCGACGCCAACAAGCUCUCUUCCAACGGCAAUCUGCGCAAGCGCUCGGCGCAAAAGUGCGGCCAGCGCGACUACGCGCAGCAGCUGGUGAAGCAGCUGCCCAAGGAGGUCGUCGGCAAGUUCUUCCCCAAGUUCGCAGCUGGCAACUCGCAUCCGCUGGAGAACGAGCUGACCACUUUGUCGCCGCUCAAGCCCAUGGCUGCCGAUGGCGAGAAGCCGUUCCAUAGCAAGCAGGCGUGCGAGAGCCACCGCGGAAAGAUGCCCGCGCCGCCCAAGCUGACGCCCGACUGGCUGAAGAUGCAGGGUGCGUGCACUGAGGAAGUCGCCAAGCUCGAGGCUGAUGCGAAGAGCUUUGUUGACUCGCUCAACAAGGCCAGCUAUCUGUCUCCGUACCUUGUCCAUGAUUAAUGAACACACUCCUCUUCCCCUUUCUACCUCCAGAAUGCCCCCUUUACACGUCCCUCUUCUUUUUCCGCCCCUCGUGUGUUUAUUUUUAGUGUUAGUCUUUACAGGAUCGGUAAGCAUCUCGCAUGUCGUUUGCCUUCUACGAAUAUUUCUAAAUCUGUCCCCUUCCGUCCUUCCCGUAGUGUCUGCAAUUUGUACUCUCUUUUUCCUGAAUAUACGCUGUAUCUUCGCUCUCUUUGCAACGGGACAUUUCUCCAAAUAGGGCUUGGAAAGAUAAACAAAGCUGAGAAUAUGGACGUGCACAGUCCAGGUGUCGUGUUUUACACAAGUGAAACUAGCCUGCUGCCUGAAAUCCACACCUGGCCACAUCUGAAAUUGCUGCCAUAUGGCCCUGGUUCUGCAGUCGACCUUUGGCCUAUAUCGCCACCCCCUCUGCC